UGGCGGACAGCAUGUGAAGUUCUGUCAAUGAAUGAAAUUUUUAUUUUACAGCGUUAUUCCUAACAUCUUCAGCUGCUUUGACUCAAAGGGUUACGCUGAUUGCAAUUGGUGGCUGUUUAUUAUGGUGAUUUAAGGAAAAGUUAAUUAUAUCUCUUUUCGUGCUUCCUUGGAGACUUCAAMAUCGCUGAAUUGCGCGUACAUAGCAGUCUUAGUAUAAAACUUAAAAUGGAUGCAGAGCAAAUGAAGAACUAUGAAGAUGUUAUCAAGAAGUGGGAACAGAAAAGCGCUGGAGGUUCGUUUGCUUCUUCUGGUCCUACGAUGAGUAAUGGCGCUGCUAUGAACGAAGGAAGAGAAGCUUGGGUAAAGAGGUUUGGUGAAAGCCUUACUCCACCGAAUCGUCGUCCUCYUGCGAGGUCUAAGCGGAGACCUAAACACAAACAUAAGGACGACUUUGAGGCUAUGCCAGCUGUGGAGAGAAAAUUCCAAGUUCCUGGUACUGUAAUACCAGCGAUGUAUUCCAGAGAAAGACCAUUYAUGGGAAGAGGAUGUAGAACUUGCUGUCCAGACACUGAAGAGCUCUUUUAUAGUGAAGAUGUACCAAGUAAAGGAAUGCAUAAUAUCCUAAACAUUGCUAUUUACACAAAAAAGAAUCUAUUCAAGAGGACAUUUUGUCAUGUAGACUUUAUCUUGAGUCGUGACGUUAGCCAUACAUUCCAUGAUGUCAAACAAUCUGUUCUCGACUCUGACAGGGUUAAGAACUGUAUUCUGAAUUCAGUUUAUCAAGAUGGCAGUAGUGGCUCAAGUCCUCAAAAAGAAGUGGAAUUAGAACAACUUGAUAAAUCAAGACAGAAACAGUUAUCAAAGUUAAAUAGAAAAGCAAAAGGGAUUAUAACAAGAAUGGCUGCAGGAAUCUACAGAAAUCUAAUUAGGUUCACUGGGUGGUUUUUGUUCAAGUUAUUUGGUAGAUUAUUGGACAGCAUUCAGAUUCAUAAUGGCCAGAUACACAUGGUACAGCAAGCGGCAGAGGAAAACAAGCCAUUAGUUUUUCUUCCUCUUCAUAAAAGUCAUCUUGACUAYAUUCUGGUUACUUAUGUCCUAUUAACCUGCAAUGUUAAAGCUCCACACGUCGCAGCAGGAGACAACCUCAGUCAUAUGCUGUUAUUCAGCUGGCUAAUGAGACAUCUUGGUGGAUUCUUCAUCAAACGAAAAUUAGAUCACACAACUGGAAAAGAUGAUUUAUAUAAAUCUGUACUGCAAGAAUAUGUUCAACGAUUAUUAGAGAAUGGUCAGUACUUAGAGAUCUUCAUAGAGGGAAGCAGGUCUCGUACUGGCAAAGCAAUGGUACCAAAGUCUGGCUUGUUGUCAGUCAUUGUCAAUGCUGUUCUUGAAGGUGUUGUCCCUGAUGUAAUGAUUGUGCCUGUUAAUAUAUCAUAUGAAAAGGUGUUUGAGACAAGUUACUCUCAUGAGCUACUAGGUGAGCCCAAAAGACCAGAAACAUUCCUUGAAGCUGUCAAAGGCAUCUGGGAAGUGUUUGGUGCUCGCUAUGGCAACAUCAGGAUUGACUUCUCAAGACCAUUYUCWCUKAAGGAAUUCUCACAGAGUCUGGACUGCUCACCUAUCAUGCAAGAGUUUGGCUCUAACAUGGUUGCCAGGUCGUCUGUAACAUCAACACCGGCUGCAUCAAUGCUCAGAAACUCCUCUGAUUUAUCACUGUCUGACUUUGGGGAAGAACAGUGCUUUUUGUUGACCAAAGUUUUAGGUUWUCAUGUUGUCUAUGAUGCAGUUCAGUGUAGUGCUGUGAUGAGUACAAACAUGUUGGCUUUUAUUCUACUCUACAUUCACAGAAAUGGUGCAACAUUGCAGCAAUUGACCUAUGCAUUUGAUGAACUACGUAAACAAAUUGUCGGAAGAGGAAGAGAUGUUGGAUUUACUGGUCAGACAUGUGAUGUCCUUCAUCAUGCUCUCAGUAUGCUGAGUGAACUCGUUGAAGUCCAGCAAGAUGAUGAACAGACUUUGAUCAAGCCUUGUCUUGAGAUACCACAAGUCAUUGACCUUUUACAACACAGUAAUUUGGUUCUUUGUAUAUUUGUAUUGGAGUCUGUCUUAGCGUGCAGUAUUUGUGCAGUGGCAAAGGAGAGAGAUAUUGAUAUUGUGGACGUUGAACAAGACCAGACUCUUCCACAAAGCACGAUAAUUGACAAAGCGAAGGAUCUUUGUGAGCUCUUGCAGAAGGAGUUCCUAUUUGCUCCRCCAUGUGUUGCUCUUGAGACAAGAYUGRUUGAAACACUGSAGACMUUUACAGCAAGUGAAAUUAUCAAAUGCACAAAUCAGACUACUUCAUCCAACACCCGUGACUGGGCCCAUAGAUUCUCUGUAAGCACGUGGGAUGAUGAGGACGAAGGUGAAGAUGGCGGCAAUGAGAUAUAUGGUGUCAAUGAUCCUGAAUACAAGCUUUCUACUUCAAAAAGAGAACUAUCAAGGCUCAAGUCUCUCCAGUCCCUACUCAGUCCUUUAAUUGAAUCUUAUUGGGUAGCUGCNAGCGGCAGUAACCAUGACAUUCCUCCUACCGUUAUCAUGUCGAGCAAGUAG